AUGAAUGCAGGGUGAGAGAGAGAGAGAGAGAGAGAGAGGGAGAGACUGGCAGCAUGCGGAGGUGAAAUCGGACCUCUCAUCACCGCUCGAGGUUUACACCCUUGACGGUAUUUUUUAAAACACCAGGAUCAGUCUUUUUUUUUUUUUUUUUUUUUGACUUAGAUUGGUGAUCUGUUCCGGAGCAGCCAUGCAUUCGAGCAGAGGAUUAUCGCGGAGGAAUUGCCCCGAAUCCCUGAGCUGCAGCUGGGGCACCGAGCUCUGGGAUCAGUUUGAUAACUUGGAGAAGCACACACAGUGGGGCAUCGAGUUUGUGGAGCGCUACACCAAGUUUGUCAAGGAGAGAUCCGAAAUCGAGCUGAGCUAUGCCAAACAAAUAAGAAAUCUCUCUAAGAAAUAUCAGCCCAAGAAGAACUCCAGAGAAGAGGACGAGUACAAGUACACCUCCUGCAGAGCGUUUCUGAUGACGCUGAACGAGCUGAAUGACUACGCCGGGCAGCACGAGGUCAUCGCAGAGAACCUCUCGACACAGAUCAUCUCAGAGCUGGUGCGCUACAUCCAGGAGCUGAAAGCCGAACGGAAAGCACAUUUCCAUGAUGGCCGAAGAGCUCAGCAGCAUAUCGAGAACUCCUGGAAACAGCUGGAGUCGAGCAAACGUCGGUUUGAGAGAGACUGCAAAGAAGCCGACCGUGCCCAGCAUUACUUUGACAAGAUGGACGCCGACAUUAACGUGACCAAGGCCGAUGUGGAAAAGCGGUGUUCACUCAAGGCUAAACAGCAGGCUCAAAUAAGGCAUCAGAUAGCUGAUGACAGUAAGAACGAGUAUCUGUCCUAUCUGCAGAAGUUUAAUAAAGACCAACACGAGCACUACUACACCCUCAUCCCCCACAUCUUUCAGAGGAUCCAGGAGAUGGAGGAGAGACGGAUUGAGAGAAUAGGGGAGAGUAUGAGGUGCUACGCCGAGGUGGAGCGCAAAGUGCUGCCCAUCGUUAAUAAGUGUCUGGAUGGCAUGACCAAGGCAGCUGAGUCCAUCGAGCCCAAAAUGGACACCAAGCAGGUGGUAGAGACGUACAAGUCAGGCUUUGAGCCGCCAGGUGAUGUAGAGUUUGAGGACUACAGUGUAUCCAUGAAGAGAGCCGUUUCCGAGUCCAGCUUCCUGAAUGCACGUGGAGAGAGUCGGCGCAGGAGCCGGAGCAAGCUGUGGCCUUUAAUUAAGAGGAAUAAGCUUAUGUCUUUGUUAGCGUCACCCCGUCAGCCACCUCCCCCUCCCCCCACGUCGCCCUCUCCAGAAGGCCUGGCCAACGGGCCGCACUCGCCCCCGCACAGCAAGGAGCCGCUCGGACAGCGCCUCAACGACUUCAUGAGCUCCAAACACAAGAUGCAGUGCCUGAGAAGCCUCAAGCGUGGGCUCUCCCUGAAGUUGGUAAGUGGAACAGUCCAGGAGGAUUACAGUCAUUUACCCCCAGAGCAAAGGCGAAAGAAACUGCAGGCCAAGCUUAAUGACAUCAGCAAAGACAUCCAAAAAGAGAUGGAUCAGAGGGACGCGCUGAAUAAAAUGAAGGAAGUGUACAUUAAGAACCCUCACAUGGGCGACCCCAACAGUGUGGACCCGCGUUUAGAGGAGGUGCGGCAGAGCAUCGAGAAACUCCAGCUUGAGGCACACAAAUAUGAGACCUGGCUAACAGAUGUGGAGAGGAAGCUGCUGGAGAAGGACAGCACUCUGCGGAGACAAAGUGCCCCGUUUGAGUCACAGGGCAACGCGGGCAACGUUGCUAACAGCUGUGCUCAGAACAGAGAGAGUCCGGACGGCAGCUAUACGGAAGACCCCAGCACGGAGACGGUGCAGUUCAAGUCUCGCAGCACUGAGUUCGAUGAUGAGUUCGAUGAUGAAGAACCUUUACCCACCAUAGGAACGUGCAAAGCUCUCUACCCUUUCGAAGGUCAGAACGAGGGCACCAUCCCGAUGGCAGAAGGCGAGAUGCUGUACGUAAUCGAGGAGGACAAAGGCGACGGCUGGACUCGAGUGCGCAGGAACGAGGAUGAGGAGGGAUACGUGCCCACGUCCUACAUCAAGCUCUGCUUCGACGCCAACUCCAAAGGUGCCAUGACCUAUAUUUAACCCACAGAGAUAAAACGACAUGCAUAGCAUCAGCGCCUUCCUCUGACUAUCCCUGUCCUCUGGCCAUUUUUAUAGGCAAGAAGGAUGGUGUAUAAUGUUCACUUUAGGCCAUUUCUGCUUUUUAAAAAGUUUUUUUUUUUUUUUUUGCAUAUGAGAAUGCAAGAGAGAGAGAGCCGGACGGACUAUGAGCUAUCUGAAAAACCACCUCCAUCCUGUAGGACAGGAAGUGGAAUGAACUCAAUGUGCAACAUAUCAUGUAGCAUAUCAGACUAUUUGUGCAGUAUUUAUAGGCUUCUUUAUUUUGCAUCUCUCUCCCUCAGUGUGAAUAAGAGUCCUUAAGGAUGAGAAGGCAAUAGAGCCGCCAUUGAGGUGUGCUAGUAGAAAACGCUGCUUAAUCUACAUUUCAUAUCAUAUCUUUGGGUAUUGUGGUUGUUUUUGUAUAAAAAAAAUCCAUGUAUGUUUAUAUGUCUGUCUAUGGCUGAGCCACAGGUAAUAUUUCUUUUUGAGCUAAGAGUCGAAUUCUUUAAAUUUGGUGAAGAGAUUGACAGUCAGCAAUAAAGGUGUUGUCAGGCUUCAGUCAAAUAUCAGAUUGUAUUAAAAAAAAAAAAAGACAUUUUCAAUUUUUAUCACAGUUUCUGUACUUCAGUGUUUAAAAUCUAAAUAUCACAUCACUGUAAAUACUCUAUGAGUGAGCAUGAAGGAACAAUGUCUAGUCUAACGUUUACUCAGGUACUUAUUUCUUUGUAUUUGUCUAACUAAUAACUAUACAGCAUUUUUCCCCAAGCAGUUAGAUUCAAGCUAAACUUGUAUAAUCAUAAUAAAAAAGAACUAGCUACAUUAACUCCUGCAUGCUCAUAGCAAAUUUAGCUUUGAAUAGCUUUACAUUUUCCGUGAUCUCUGAUUUGAGACAGCAACUAACCCAAGCUAGUGUAGUUCAAGAGCUUUAAACAAAAUCACUUUUACGACGUGGUGAGAGAAUAAAAGAGUCCACAAUCAACAUUUUGCAUGCAGUUCUUAUCAUGACUGGAAAGACAAACUAGUUAAAGACAUUUCCAUGAAGAUUUAAAUGAGGCAAAGAAUAAAAAAAGCACACAUUGUGAUUUAUGAUGCUAAUAGUAUUGAUGUGAUUGCAGCUGCUUCUGCAUGCUUUUUAACGCAGUCUUUCUGUCGCUGUAAUACUAAAGCUUGUCCAUAGUUUUUUUCCUGUAAAGCAAUAGUAGCUGUAAAUUCUGCCUCACUGCUUUAUAGACUGAUACAACAGGAAAUAUUAACACUGACACUUUUUUUUGAUCACCUGCUAGGUGAUGAAUUGACGUAUACGUGAGAAUGAAUGUAGGAAAACGGUGACGAAGUAUUGUCAUGGGUUAGUACUGUAUUUUUGGACUGUUAGACGUAAUUGAGUAUAAGACUCUCCCACCCAGGUGUGGUGCGCAUCGUCUGGAUAACUUCACACAGGCCGAGACCUUCCGUCACAUAGUGACGUAUAUGGCUGUAUUAGCAAUAAAUAGCUUCCCGCUGUCAUAGAAGCUAUCUUUUCCUGAGCCCUUCUCAGCGGGUUCUCAUGGGGUAAACGCAGAACCCAAGCAGGUUCAUAGAACCACACAAACAUUUCUAAGAUUACUUAUAUCUGUUCUUUAUCUAGAUUCCUAAGAAAUACAGGAUGGUCAAAACUUUUUGAUUUCCACUGUAUUUAAUAAGCUGUUAAAGUCACAUCACCUGCUUGUGGGCAAAUAAAAGUGUCUUAUAGUCCAGAAAUUACGGUAUUUCAAUGCCACAUGUCUAACAACUUGUGUGAUUUUUUUUUUUUGUUGUUGUUUUUCUUUGCUUUUUUUAUUUUUGUUCUUUUCUUUGCAGAUCCCUAAAAGCGUUUGGCUGGCACAGGAGUGGCAGGGCAAGCGUCCUUGCGUGAAACAUCCUCCUCUUUAAUGCGUAGUCAGAGAGGUGCUGUGUGAGGCCGUCUGUCAGGCCGAUCCAUUCUUAACACAAACUCUGAAUCUCCUCUUCUUCGGGCCAGAGGCAAAAAACACACCUGCUCGGAUUAUUGUCUGAGAUCUUUUUGUUUCUUUGUUUAUUUUUUUUUUUUAAAUAACCCGUGUGUUAAUGAUUUGCAGAGCUUGCUUCUCGUGUGAGCCUAGACUUCUCAGCCUUGUGUAGUAGCUGCUUGCUAUCUGACCAGAGCCAGUAGAUCUAAACUCGAGUCCUCAGAAUCAGAUACUGUACAGGACCGUGACGUGCUUCUAGUCAAGCUGGUCAAACUUUUCAUACUAGUAAUGAUCCUUUAGCUGCUGUCUUUCUCUGGCCUGCAGAAGGUUCUUGAGGAUCCCUUGGAAAAUCAUUUUUAUGAACAUAUUUAUCAGGCCAGAAUUGAUUGUGAAAAUUGAAAAGCAUUAAAAUGUUAGGGCGGGUUAAGUGGGCGGGUUAGGUGGUUGGGUGCGGGGAGGGUUGUUAUUUUUAAAGGUAUAUCAUAUAUAAUAUGGUGUUUAUUGUGACUAAAUCUGUGAGUGAAGUGGUUGAAGCAGGCAGCUUUAGAGUUGCAGUCCUUCAGUCGGUCACUCUUUCCUCACAGAGAUGAAAGCAGUGCCACCUCACUCACUCACUCAUGCUCACUUUCUUCCCUGUAAUGUGUGUAUACGCCACAUCUCCUCUCUUUCUCUCACUUUUCUCUCUGUCUGUCUCUGUCUCUGUCUCUCUCUCUCUCUCUCUCUCAUUAAUAGCGCUUUUGCACUGGACACUGCAGUACCAAAUAGUACAGAUACUAAUCCAAAUCCUGAUCUACUGGUUGAGGCCCUGUGUGUUGAGUAAGUGAAGUUUUCUGGAGGUUGUGAGGUGGUGUUUAAUAAGCAGAACACUUGGCAUAUAACCAUGAUUAGAUACCUCGAUAAGUGUGUGGUGCUGUCAUUUGUCUGCCUCUGAUGAGUAAAUUUGCUGGCCAGUGAGCGACUCCGUGAAAUUAAAGGGUGCCAACAUUUAAUUUUAGUAAAAAUCAAGAGAAUGCCAUUUGUUUUGUGAAAUUAAAAUUAAACUAAAGUGUUUUCAGUCAGACACAUUGUCAGACAGUCAGACACAUUCAGUGUAGGUAUUUAGUGAAUAAUAAAACACUUGUGGGCAUGCUCUCAUAGAAAAAUAAUCAACAGCCCCAAAGGUGAUUGUUUUCCUAUAACAACACAUCCUGCAGUGUUUUAUUUCUCUCAAUCCCUCACUAUCCCCUCUUUUUUCCACUCUUGAAGUUAAUAAUACAAAAAAAUACAUGGCGCUGACACUGGAGACUCCUUCCAUAAAUGUUAAUAAAUGUCUCCUUACAGGAAGCUUCAACACAGCAAGGAUUAUAUGUUUUUCUUUUGUUCAAAAACAACAAAAAGCUGUUUAUUAUUAGUCUUAGAUUAGGUACUAUGUAUUAGAACAAGCAAAUUAAUAUAAACAUGCGAGUUGCUGUUAUAGAAAAUUAAUCAACACCUUCUGGCCAAUCAGAAUCGAGAAUUAACUUAACAAAAUCUGGAAUUAGUGAUUUGUUACCGUACCCCACUGUCUGGUGGAAAAGCGCUAAUGUUCUUUGUAGUUUCCUGUCUCUUUCUUCCUGUCUUCCUCUUCCUGUCUCUUACAUUUCCUCACUUUGAAUCUGUUUCUAUUGGCAUCUCUUUCUUUUUCUCCCUCCAUCUCUCCCUCUUUCAUUGUGUCUUUUUCUACUUUCCCUUCUUUUCCUAUCUUUCUGUCCCUCCCUCCUUCUCUCUCUCUCUCUGUGGGCUCAGUGGCCGUGGCCAUAGCCGUGUGUCGUGUAGCUGUAGUGGUGCGUUCACUCGAUGUUGAUGAUGUUCUCCAGCUGGUGCUGUGUUUCUGCGCAUGCAUGCUUGCCCUGUCUCUUUGUCUGUGCCAGUCUUAGGGGUCCAGCAAGUUCUUGCCUUCACUUCCUGAUGGGCGAACUUGCUUCUUCAGUUGUGUUCGUGCCUGUGGUUUACUUUAUUUAUUUAUUCAUUUUCUAUUGAAUUAAAAGGUUUUAUUUUCGCCACCCGUGCAUGGCCACUUGCUUCAUGCUCCUAAGUUCUUUUUUUUUUUUUGAAAACUUUUCCUUUUUUUAUGAAAAUCAAGAUGCUUCUUUUUGAUCGACAUCAUUUUGCAGUAAUUUGAGUUGAUGUUAAAAACAAAUAGUUACCUCAUUUUUGAUGGAUUUUGGGCUGCUGUUUGAAUCAGCUCUGAAUGACUAACAUUGUGGUUUAUCUCCAUUUAUAAAGAAAGAGUAUUGCAGUGCUGAGCUGCGCGUUUGAGUGUGUGUGUGAGUGUGUGUGUGCGUGUGUGUGUGUGUGUGUGCAUUCUGUGUAUUGUGCUUUGGAUUUUCUGACUCUCUCUUCCCCUCAAGACAUUCUCAUAAACACCAAACUGCCAAGAUAUCAGAGCCUUGUAACGUCAGUGUUGAUCCCAGCUGCUCCCUGUUUAUUAGUAAUAAUAGAGCUUAAUUCUACUUCAAUUUUCCAAACAGAACCAUUGUAAAAUGCAUCACCUUUUUAUGUGCAAAUCAAAUUAAAGGCCAUUGUGAAAUAUGCU